AUGAUAACAGACAAGUACAUUAUCCAUUGUUUCCAUCAAGUUGAUCAGAACUUAGAAGCGUGUCUGCAACGCUUCUCGUUGGGGCCAGCGCAAACAGUACAGGCAUCGGAUAAUGCCAAGCUCCAACGCCUGCAAGAGGACUUACUGGAGAUCAAGGCUAUUAUCACCAAGAUCACAGACGCAGCGCAAGACGCAGUAUCCAGGCGAUACUUGGACAUCGACUAUGAUACAAUUCUGAGAGUGAUCAAGAAUCUUCCCGAGGCACAACAGGAUCGUGAGCUAACACAGAUAGAAGUUAUUGUAAAGAACUCCAUUUCUGAAUAUGUGAUACUGAUAUGUUACUACACUAUUACCAAUGAAUGUUUGUCGUUUCUACCGGUAGCCUAUGAUACUCGAAACUAUUAUCAAAAUGUGGGCGAUUCUAAAGUGAAGUCCCUGCUGUAUUCGCUGCAGAAUUCGCCCGCGAAGCUGUUCGACUUUGGGAGACAAGUCUAUGAUAAGAUAGACAAAUUAAACGCAUAUCAAUCAACUAGCAAACUAUCCCUGGAAACUUUGCGGAAGUUUGGUUAUGAUAUCGUUGAUGAGUUAAGGCCCCAGUUCAGUAGAGCGAUGAUGGUACGCAACUUUCAGCUGGUUGGACUCCCAUUAGAAUCAAGGAGAUGGGUUUCUCUCGUGUUUGAUCUUCCUCGCGCCAUGAUUCGCGAUGAACUGCAUAAGAAGACUGAAUCGCUUGAUAACUUAACCAAGGAAUAUACUAGCAAGCUUGGUAGAUUAAUCAGUGAAUUUCAGAAGAGCCAGUGUAGCCAGGACCCAGCUGAUAAGGCUAAACCAAACGCCUUGAAGAAAUUUCUGAAGCUGCCCAGCGAAAGCACUUUAUCUGACGUGGCUCAACAAACUAUGAGAUUCCACUCUGAGAUCAAGGCUAUGCAAGUUCAGAAGCCGGGGAAAUUGAUAAGAUACUGGCCAACUGCUCUCCUCAGUUUAGCAUACGGACCAAUUUCCCUGUUAUACUUAUGGGAUGCGAGGUAUAGAAUCUUACAGUUCUUUCAGGAAAACGUUGUUGAUUUCGCAAAAGGACUGCUUUACAACUGGGUAUACGUACCUUUGAAACACGUUUGGGCCACUGUGAGGCAUGACGAGGACAGCUCUAUGGCUGUAAUGUCAAAAGGUACAUUGGACUCGGAAGUUAAUUCUCUUACUCGAAUGAUUGUAAGUUUUGUCAAUGAAAACUCUGGUUCCCCAGUCAACGAUGAAGUGCUUAUUGAAAAAGUGCAGCAAGGAGAUCUGACCAAAUUCAUGGAAAUUUACGAAACUCAGUUGAGACAUCCGAUCAGGAACAUAGUCUCCGGAGAUCUUGUGCGGUCGCUAUUAAUCCAGGUACAAAAAACAAAGGUCGACGGUUCCCUAGCGCUGAACGGAAUCGAUAAAAUGCUGCAGUCUCAGCAACUUGUCUUCGGCGUUGUGGCCAUCUCUCCCGCACUGCUGAUCCUAUACACUACUACCGUAUGCCUAUUCAGACUGAUUAAAUUGGGAACCGUCUGGUCCAAUAUGCAGGAGUACAGGGAAAAGCUGAGCACCAGCCUCAACAAUCUUGAAAGGAUACUCAAUUACGCAGGCAACGAGGAUGAUGAAAAGUACCUGAACCAGGGAUUGCUCACCAUAGAAGUCUGCAAUGUGGCAAAGUUGGGGACUCUUCUAAUCCCCAAGCAACGGCAUAACGAGUGGCUCAGAGAUGUCGAGGAAGUAGCGGACUUCAAGCUUGUUGAGGAGGCAAAAUUCAAAGUAAUAAGCAGGAUAUACCAUGUUUACGGCAGAUACUUCUGA